AGGCAUUGAUCAGACCUGCUACCCCCCUAAUUAGACACCAUUGCUGUGUCCCUCCUUUGUAAAAAUGAGGCCUGCUACGGUCUUAAAGAUAAUAGUUUUCAGGAGUGCAGCACAAAACACAAGCAUUUCAGAGGCUGACUUAAAGAAAAUGAAAGCUAAGCCCCUAAAGGCGGGGACUUUGUUUUUAACUGUCCCCUAAGAUGUGGUGGUGUCGGAAAUAGAAUGUGGCUUUCUUAGAAAUGGGUCAUACAAAGCUAAAUGAUGAAGAUCCCACUUGAGGAAAGGUAUUUUUAAACUAAAUUUGUUUUUUUUUUAACUGGUAAUUUCUUGAGCAACAGGCAGUUUAUUGGUAUAGGUCCGCCUGGUGGAAUUCUGGCGCUUUGAACCUUGUAUCAUAGCAUUUUGGGUUAAGCAGUGACUAGUUAAGGAAACCACUUGGGGUAGCAAUUCACCAACAACCCACCUAUGAAUAUUUAUAAGCUUUCCAUUCCCUAGGUAAUUAAAAAUAUAUUUUUUAAACCUACUAACUGUCUACUGCUCCUCAAAUGGACAGAAGUAGGAAAACGGCUGUUUCCCUCAUUCUAUACCUCAUGAACCUUGGAUGGGAAAGCUCUGGUGAGUCUCUUCUGACCCUUCCCCAGUCUGCAUGGCCGAGCACUUGAGGUUUGAUGGAGAUUACACACGGGCCACAGAUGCUGCUGGGCUGUACUCAUUUGCUAAGAUGAGCAGCUCUCCAAAGAACCCCAGCUCCCACUGCAUUCCAUUUCAGUGAGCUGCUCUUGAUGGCCCCGUCCCAGGUAGGGGAGUCAAAGAACAAGCUGGCCUAGAACCUGCCCAUGUGUCGUCCGCUCACUGCUCAGGCCCAGCCAACUGGCUCAGUCAGUGUCAUUCUCACUUUCUCUGUGGUCUUUAGAAGAAAAAAUGGAGCCCUUCUAAUUCUGAGAGGGCCAAAGUGGGAAAGGGAAGGAGAGGGAGGGGCAGAGUGGGAUGCCUAAGGUCUUAAUUUUUGGGGAGAAGUUCAAAGGUAUUGGAAUAUGAAAACUUGGAAGGAUGAAGAAACUGGCUAAGGUAAGAUACCUUUGUUACCACUGAGCCUUUACUCCUGGAAAAUUAUUUAUAAAACUAUGCAAUAACUAGAGUUAUGUAAUAUUGCCUUGUAUUUAUAUAGAAUUUUAUUCUUUGUGUACCUUCAUGUAUAACAUGAACCCAGCACUUAUCUCAUGUUUUUACAUAGAUCAUUACCUUAAUCCUUACAACACUGAAGGAGCGGUUUGCCCCAUUUACCUGUGAGUGGUCAUUUAAAGCAGGGCCAUGUAACAAGUGAUGAAUGUUCAAAUCUAAGACCUAAAUCCAGAUUCUCUUUGUUCUGCCAUGCUGUUUGUUCAACCACCUGUAAUCCCCACCCAGAUCUGUGGAGAACCUGAGAAAGGGGUGUGUAGUCUAUUUUUAGGUAGGGAUGGUGACAGAUUUCAGGGUGUGCCUUAGGCAGCGUCACCAGCAGCAAAUCAGACUGGAAUUUAAGUCUCCUGAUUUCUGGGUCUGUCCACCACCACCCCUCUAAGCAUGUAAGAGCAUUUAUAAAUGCUGCAGCUAGUAGUAAGCAGUUUGGUGCAUACAUUUUUUGUCUCAUUUCUGCAAAACUGAAUGUUAAUCAACAUGGGGCUUUGUUGUUUAUAGGGCACUUUCAUAUACAGAAGACAUAUGCAAGAAAGCUUAUUCAGCUCCUCUUUUUCUCCCUUCAAACAUAGUCUCAUCAAAGCACAUGCAACUUCCUUUCCCAGUGCCACUCUAAGUCAUGUGGACACAAACACAAGAAAUCAGUAGGAUUCAAAAGUAAGAAUAAAAAAUGCUCACUGAUCCUGAUCGUGACUUCUGUGUUCCCCUGUUUGGGGGUGGAGAGACCCAGCGAUAACACCACAUGUCUCUGCUGACCACGAUCAGGAAGCUGAAAAGGAGGAGAGCAAGUGUGAAGUUUUGGGAUAAGUCUCUGACCGUGAAGAUAGCACAAGAGGCCAGUGGUGUACUUUCCUGGAAGAUAGCACCUAGAAUUUAUAAGCAUUAAGGCAGGCCUCGUAUUUUGAAAUCUCUGAAGGGGAUCCAUUGUGCAACCAAGGUAAUGAACCACUGCAGUCAGGUGAAGCCUGCAGGCCAAGGUGUGUGUAAUCCAAUGCGGUGGGAGGCGGGGGUGGAAGAUCUGGAGAUGCAGUGUUCUAAGUGGUUUCAGCAAAACCAUUGGCUGCCCUGGGGUCCUUCUAUUAACCCUUGUUAAGAUUCUGUGACCUAACUUACUUUAUUUGUAUUUUAAGUGAAUGUAUCAAAUAUUUAUAUGAGCAGACUAGGUUUUACAUGUGUUUCUGUUCCUCAUUUAUCAAUAUGACUUUUUAGAUUUCUGCUUGUAUUUCAUCUCCAGAUCUGAGAUUUCACAGACCUGCACCCAAGUUCAGAACCCCCAAUCCUGCACAAAUCAUGUGAACCUAGUGGAUUGAGUACUAGACAGUGGGAGGAACUCAGGUGGAGGAUCACCAAUAUGAAGACACCUCCCAAGAGCUGCCCAGCAACAGCCUGCAGCCAGGGCCCUGGGAGGUUCACUGAGUCCAUCUCCUCAUUUGGUUGGGUGAACAAGUCUGCUCCAGAGCAGGAAGUCUCUGAAAUUGAGUCACCGGGGACAGUAGGAAACAGGCUCCAAGAGGAUGAAUCCCGGGAUUCUACAUUUGAACAAAAAUAUGCAUGUGAGAGCAUGAAGGAAAACUCUCCUGAAGAGGUGCCCAGGUCAUGCUUUUUCCAGGAAGGAGGUUUUGGGGGAAUAACUUUCAUCCGAAAGGAAGCACUUCCUAAAAUGAUGAGCCAAGAAUAUAAUUUUGAGAAGAGGUUGCUUUUGACCUCAAGCCUUGUUACUCAUCUCAGGGUUUCUACAGAAGAUAGUCUACAUCAGUGGGAGACAAGUAGCAUACACACCAAUGAGAUUUCAAACCAAAGUAAAUGCUCAACCCUCUCCAUUCUGAAAAAGUCUUGGAAAUGUAACGAAUGUGGAAAAACAUUUACUCAGAGCUCAUCCCUUACUCAACAUCAGAUAACUCAUACUGGAGAGAGACCCUAUGUAUGUGAGGAAUGUGGGAAAGCCUUUAGUUGUAGUUCAUUCCUUGUCCAGCAUCAAAGAAUUCACACCGAAGUGAAACCAUACAGAUGUGAGCAAUGUGGGAAAACAUUUCGUUGUCGAUCAUUUCUUACUCAGCAUCAAAGAAUCCACACUGGAGAGAAACCUUAUAAAUGCAAUGAAUGUGGGAAUUCCUUCCGCAAUCAUUCACAUCUCACUGAACAUCAGAGAAUUCACACUGGAGAGAAACCUUAUAAAUGUAAUAGGUGUGGCAAGGCAUUCAAUCAGAAUACACACCUCAUUCAUCAUCAGAGAAUCCACACUGGUGAGAAACCUUACUCAUGCACUGAAUGUGGCUCUUCUUUUCGUAAACACUCAAAUCUUAUACAACAUCAGAGAAUUCACACGGGGGAAAAACCCCAUAAAUGUGAUGAUUGUGGGAAAACUUUUCAAACAAAGGCAAAUCUUUCUCAGCAUCAGAGAAUUCAUACUGGAGAGAAACCCUAUAAAUGUAAGGAAUGUGGAAAAGCUUUUUGUCAGAGUCCAUCCCUUAUUAAACACCUGCGAAUUCAUACUGGAGAGAAACCUUAUAAAUGUAAAGAAUGUGGCAAAGCUUUUACUCAGAGUACCCCACUCACGAAACAUCAGAGAAUUCACACAGGGGAGAGACCCUACAAAUGCAGUGAAUGUGGUAAAGCUUUCAUUCAGAGCAUUUGUCUUACUCGGCAUCAGAGAAGUCACACUGGAGAAAAACCUUAUAAAUGCAAUGAAUGUGGGAAAGGGUUCAAUCAGAAUACCUGCCUCACUCAGCACAUGAGAAUUCACACUGGAGAGAAGCCCUAUAAAUGUAAAGAAUGUGGGAAAGCCUUUGCUCAUAGCUCAUCUCUUACUGAACAUCAUAGAACUCACACUGGUGAGAAGCUCUUUAAAUGUAGUGAGUGUGAGAAAACCUUCCGCAAGUAUGCACACCUUAGCGAACAUUACAGGAUUCACACUGGUGAGAAGCCUUAUGAAUGCAUUGAAUGUGGAAAAUUCUUCAGACAUAGUUCAGUGCUUUUCAGACAUCAGAAACUUCACAGUAGUGAAUGAACCUGGCAUUAGGUAAUGGCAGUUUCUCAAACAGUGGCUAGGAAUCUGGCUGAGGAGUGGGGGCAGGUAUAGUUCCUGGAAGGAAGGAUGAAAUAGCCUUAAAUGCUGCCCUCAUUAGAGUAUUUCCAGAAAUAUUUGUGGGGGCUUGGAGAAUGCAGAGCCUACUCCAGGUGGGCAUCUGGGAGUACCGGGUAGAAAGGAAGUUCCUUCUUUUCAGAUAAAUCCUUGUUGCUUGCCACUCCUCUCUUCUCAUGUGACUCUCAUACCUUGAAGUGCCAUUUGUUAAGUUAGUGUUUGUCGUUCCCUUACUACACUCACCUAUCUUCCCAAAUUGUCAUGUAUGUUCACUCACCAGUUGGCUUAGAUGCUUUUCUAAACACUGUCAUUUUGAAAGUGGCAGCAGUUUGAGGUAGUGCUAAGUAGCCUCUAAAUUUCUGAGGCAGCUCUGACCAUGUUACUGUGGGGGAAGCUGCUCAGCCUGUGGAAGUGGUCCCAUAAAGGGGAGACAGAAACAAGUGAAAGACGGUCCAUAUUCAUUUACCAGUAAGGAGAACCAAGAACGGGUGAUCUCAACAUAUACGUUGGUAAAGAAGGCUUUUAUCAGAAUGAGGGAGAUCUUUCCUGAUCCUAUUAAGCUGAAGAAAGAAAUAGGUCAAGAGAGUCUUUUCUUGAAUGAUGCCAUUUCUGGAAGGGAGUCAUAUUUGCUAAGAAGGCCAUGGGGAGGAAGGGCCAACCUCUGUUCCAGAGGAACAGUAGCUUAUCCAGGAUGGAAAUGGCCUGUGCUUGGCUAGUGAUCAUAAGCCACAGAGCAAGAAACCUGCUUAUGCCUGAGCAAGCCAUCGGCAUACCACUGGCCUAGACAGAGGUGUACACCUUUCUCUUGAGCUUAUAAAUGUGGCUGGGUUACUGGUUCACAGGGAAUCGGGGAGAGGAACCCACUAAGAUUAACUGUCUAAACCAAGUGGGAUUUGACUCAGUUUGUUUGCCUUUAAGGAGAAGAAAGCGUUAGCGAAGAAGGAAGACAGCCUUUUAGAUUGGCCGGAGUUGGGGGAUGCUGCACCAGACCUAAUGAAAGUGUUGGUCACUAGUUGGGAGGGCUAGGUUUCAUGUAAUUAUGCCACUGGUGGUAUAAUACAGAUUUGUUAGAUCUCAGGUGUUUCUAAUUUUAUUGGGCAUAUGUUGUCCUGGAUAUUUACCCUUAGGUACAGAUUAGGAGUAUCUAGGGCAGUGAUGGCGAACCUAUGACAUGCAUGUCAGAGGUGACACGCGAACUCAUUUUUUUGGUUGAUUUUUCUUU